GUUGAAAAGCACCCCGAAACUGAUGUCGUUCUUCUGUGGCCCCAUAUUUUCGUUUCGCGGUCUUCACGCGAGGACAAGAUAGGUCCCGUCUGGUGGUCGAUGCGGUAACUGGCAACGGUUAUUGCUGCUCUACUGUUAUAAGUGACCCGACAGUGACCCAGACGUUUUAUCAUAACGAUGGUCCCUGUAUCACUUGGACCACUGGAUUUCUCCCCGGAGCCUGAUCUUCAUCCUUUGUAUCCGAGUUCAAGUCUCAUAUCCCACUCGCUGUCACCCGAUUCGGGCUUAGCACCCCAAGCAUGCGUAUUUGGGGAUCUAUCUCUUCUCCAUUAUCUUUUGUCUGACCAUCAAUCACAACCUUAUAUCGACCUCAGCGCACGCGGCGAAGACCGGCUUAGCUUGAUCAGUCUUGCAAUCCUAGGUUUCGGGUCUGAAUCGGAAAGAGAUGUCGAAGUGAAGAGUGUGUAGCGCCGAGGAAGUCCUAAACAAACUAACACUUGCUCCAGCCUCAUCCUCGUAUUCCUCACCA